GCGGCCUACGCGAGGCCGCGACGCACGCCCCUCGUCGCGUUCGACGUCGCGUGAACGGCGUGGACACGGCGUUUCGACGCAGAUCGGGCCGCGGACGCGUCGGCGGGGCGAGCGACGUCGCGAUCGGCCGGACGAGUCGUGAUCGGAAUCGACCUCGCGAGAAAUGAGCGGCAGACGCGGAUCCGCGGUCUUGGACGACAUGGACCCCGCGACCGCGGCGCUCAUCGCGCAGAUGCAGGAGGAGGACUCGCGCGGCCGCCGCGAGCGAAGGGCACCGGAGGUGUACAAACCGCCAGCCCUGGGCGAGGGCGGGUACGCGAAGGGCGCGGCGAGCGAGGCGAAGACGCCGAAGGCGAAGGCGGACGGCGCCUCGCGUUCGCGGACGCCGUCCGAGGCGCCUCCGCCGUCCGAGGCGCCUCCUCCGUCCGGGCGCCGCGAGAGGAAGGCGCCGGAGCUGUACAAGCCGCCGCCGCCGGGCGAGGGCGGGUACGCGAAGAGCGACAAGUCGCGAAGGACGAGCGGCGCGUCGGAUAAGCCGUCCCCCGCGAGCGAGAAGCGCGGCGGCGACCGACGCGGCCGAGGCGAGAUCGACGCGUCGCCGUCGGACGGCGGGAAGAGGAAAGAAUCGUCGUCUCCGGCGAUCCGGUCGUCCGCGGACAACCCGAAGCUCGGGAAGCCGCCCAAGGGCGAGGACUACGUCCACUUCCGUCUCGAGGUGUGGGUCAAGGAGGUGAAACGGAAAGGGAACCCGCAGCACAGCGACAGGCUGUUCAAGAGGUUCAACGACCGCGGCGAGGAGCUGCCGUUUGAAAACUGCGACUCUCGCGGGGAGCCGCCGCACAAGUCGAACCCUCAGACCGAUCGCGUGUCUCUGCGCUCGGAGCGGGCCGUGGGGAGGUACUUCGAGCGCAGGGAAGCGGACGAGGCGGCGGAGAAGGCGAAGCGCGCGAAGAGAGGGGGGAAGUCGAGCGGCGGCGGCGGGAAGGCUUCGGCUUCGGCUUCAGAGAAGAUGCCGCCGCCGCCGCCGCGGACGGAGGCGACGAGCGCGAAGAAGACGGAGCCGUCGUCUUCUCGCUCGCGCGCGAAGCCGAGCGAGCCCGCGAAGAAGAUCGUCCCGUCGACGGAGUGUCACCGCGAUAACAGCGCGGUUCGAUGCGCGGUGCUGUCCGGGUGGAAGGCGAUGGAUCACUGCGACGAGUACAGGCUGGCGGCGGAGGGCGCCGCGGGACGCGACAAGGACGACCCCGAGAAGGUCACGGAGAAGCGCAUAAAGCUGCACUUCGUCGACGGCGAGGGGAAGAGCUGCCACCAGUGCAUGCAGAAGACGGCGAACAUGCCGUGCAAGAAUCUCGUGAAGAAGGGCAAGUCGAAAGAAGUCUCGUGCUUCGCUUCCUUCUGCACGAGCUGCUACGAGAGGUACUACAACUACCUCUCCCCGGCAAAGAUGUGCGAAAAGUGCCCGCGGUGUCUGAACACGUGCGUGUGUCGCAAGUGCAUGCGCGAGCGACCGUUCAACGAGGACGAGUGCAAGAGCUUUCGCGACGCGGACGCGGCGACGAUGAAAGCGCACGCCGCGCGGGUCCUGGACCACGUCGCGCCGCACCUCGUCGCGGUCGCCGGGCAGCUCAAGGCGGAGAGAUCGGCGCACGCGGAGUCGCCGUGGGACGCCCCGGAGAUACCGGAGAUGCUCCCGGGGGGGACGUACAGGCUCGUGUGCGACCAGUGCAGCGCGUCCAUCGCGGACUGCCAUCGCCACUGCGGGAGCUGCGAGAGCGACUACUGCCUCGACUGCGUCGCGGAGAUGCGCGCGC